AAAACUAUCCGCGAAGAAGCUUCUCCUGAAAUUUUCAUCAAGAAAUCGAACGAAAAUUGAGCUGAAAAUGGCAUUUUUCAUGCUUCCCAACGUCGUAGAAUAUGCCUGCGUGUGUGGCCUUUUGAAUCCGCUUACAAAAUUGUAUUUCUGUCGCUACUGCAUGAAGCUUCGGUGCGGAUUCUGCGUUUGUCAUGAGGUGGAUUCGCACUUCUGCUCCAACUGUCUGGAAAACAUUCCGUCGUCCGAAGCGAAAAUUCGGAAGAAUAGAUGCAACACCUGCUUCAAUUGUCCUAGCUGCCAGCAUACGCUUUCGGUGCGUGCGUCAACUUCGAUUGUUCCUGCACCGUCGGCAGGAUCCGGCGAGGCGGUAAAAGCCGAAGAAGGCUCCGCUGAUGGUGUACAGAAAAAGGAAAGUACCCCAGAACCAUCCACUGGGAAGCAGAUUGCCAGGAAGAUGUACUAUCUUUCCUGUCUUAACUGUCGCUGGAGUUCCAGAGAUGUCGGGAUUCCGGAUCAGACCGUUGCCACGGGGCAAUGGCCCGAAUCGGAGUAUGCCAAUUCUACGCGAUUUUCACUGCUCCUGGAGCAUUACCAAUCGGUGGUUCUUCACGAGAAGCAGGAAAAACAGGAACUCUGGCGUCGCAAGACUCCUAAGCAAAGUAAAUUCCCCAGCCUGACGGAUCGGACCGGGUUGACUGUUGCUAUGAUCAGGCGGCAAAUGGGAUGGCCCGAUAGCAAGGCGCAAGUCAAGUCCACGCCCUUGCCAAUUAACAAAUCAGUUGCGAGUGAGACGGUGGACGAGCUUCCAGCGGAUAUCUUUACGAAAGAAUUAACCUUAAAUAACAUUACUACGCUACAGCAACGGUUGUCGCAUUCGGCCAAGCAGCCAUUUACGGUGAACAAACUGUUUCCUCAGCAUAAGUUGCUUUCGAUUAAAAGAUCGUUACGGUGCCGUCAGUGCGAUCACAACGUCAUCAAGUCGGAGUACAAUCCCAGCUCAAUCAAAUAUCGUAUCGCAAUGUUUGCGGCGUAUCACGUUCCGGAAGUUCGGUUCGUCCAGUGUGAGCCACUGGUCCAAGGACAAGAUUCGAUUCUGACUUUGAAGAUUAUAAAUCCUACCAUCAAUGAUAUGACAAUAACGAUCAUGGACCUUCCAAUGGAAGAAGAGGAAAAGCUGAUGAUCGAGGAGUUGAAGUUGGCUGCUGAGAGCAGUGCUUCAUCGUCGCUGAUGAUUAGUGGGUUGACUUCUAGUUUGGCGAAGCAAGCUACCCUGCUGGAGGAUCCGAGGAUGGUGGAGAGGAAAGUAAACGGCACCUUCCGACUGCCGGAUUCAUCCUUCAUCAUUAAUCAUCGUGACGACUCGGCCGAAUUCGAUGAAGUUGUGCAAUCUCAGCAGGAAGAUCCAAAAUUCAUUAUCUGGCGGAAAGCAAAUCAGAUAGCAAUGAAAUUGGCUGUUCAGCCUCGCGAAGGAUGUAAUCCGGAUGAGGAAAUCGUGAUUGGAUUUUCACUGCAGUACACCUACGUGAACACGGUGGUUGAAAAGAGUAGCACUCCAACGAAAGGACCUCAAAAGCAGGCACUUACUACUAGAGUUUACAUCAAGCUGGGAAAGUUGUCCGGAAACGAUGCAGCAUCGCCCUAGAUCCGAGAAGGUCGUCUUAGCACACAAUUAAUUGUUCAUUAUUUAUCAACUGCUUAUUGUAUCACCCACAUUUACUCAAUAUACAUUUAAUCGGCUUACACUGAAAUCAACUCGAGACUGUUUGUUUUUCAUUUUAUCCGAAUUUAUUCAUUAGUGUUUGUUUGUAUCAUAUAACGAAUACGAACGAGCUCUCCACUUUUUCGCACAUUUGGAAUUUUUCCCCCGCAGCAGCAGCUGUCGUUCUUUGUCCCCGAGUCUUCAGAUGGGGAAA